CACCCCGCAACAUCUCUUAUGGAACUUGCACGAUGGCUGUUGAUGGGGUGAAUGGUUCUCAUACCAUCGAUCGUGAGAAGCUUCACCGUGCACUCAAAACGAGUUCUACAAAACGUAGAAUUGCGGAGUUGUCAGGCCUUCAACAUCAAUUGGAGGAUGACUCUUUCGCAUCUGAUAAUGUCCUAAACCUCCUCGAAAUCCUGUUCGAAACGUACCCUCUUUAUGAAGACCGCGAAUCCAGACGAGCUGUCGAAAAGCUUCUCGUAUGCCUCGCAAACAGCGCAUAUGCGAAAUCCACUUUGCCCGCAAUUGUCAAAUUCCUGAAGCAAGAAUGUUCUAAAAAGAGCCUUGCGCACAAAAACGCAUUCAUCCUCGUUGAUUGGUGCUCCGUCCUCCUCCUACAGUUCGUGAAGGUCCCGGAACAAUGGUCUCUAUACGGCUUGGACGUCGCUCUGGCGGAUGCAAAGGUAUUGGAGACAUGCAUGAGCGAAAGUGGAUCUCGGCGAGCGGGACGUAUACAAGACUCAGCCUUGACGGUGACCCGACGGGCAUUGCGCAGCAUCUUGCGCUCCAAAGAAUUUGGCGAUGACGCUCUGUCAAAGUUGGUUGAAGCCCUUACUACCAAGGGUACUUCGCCGACGGCUGGGAAUGCUGUUUUCCUCGGUGUGAUAGCGGGUGUGUCGUCGCGACUGGAGGUAGUCAAGCCCAAAUUGGAGAGCCACAAACAGGAAUACUACGCUUUUUACGUUCGCGAGAUAAUUGGAUCACGGACCCAGCUCCCUAGCCACAUUUCCAACGCGCUACAUGACUUUUUCGAUUCUUUCCCUACGCUUGAAGAGCUACAAAAAGAAGUCAUACCACCGAUCGAGCGAGCGCUGUUGAGAGCACCCGAGGUGGUUCUGAACGACAUUGUAACGCCUCUGAUCCAGUCUCUGCCGAAGGCUAUGGAUCUAGCGCCAGUGCUCCAUGGGAACCUAUUAAAGCCACUUCUUUCGAACAUCAAGUCUACAAACGCCGUUAUUCGUGCAGGAGCUCUACGGACGUUUGAAGCUCUGGCAUCGCGAUCCAUUGAUGACGCAAUCAUUGAUAAGAUUGUGGAUGAAGUUCUGAACCCCCUCAAGCAAGGGAAGGUCACGAACACAGAUCAGAAGGUCAUCCAUGCUCAAAUGCUAACAUCAUUCAACAACACAGUACAAUUGGCACAAAAGGUUCCUGUAGGCAUCUCUGCAGUAGCUUUGAAAGAGCCGAAUGAGGCAGCUGUUACUGCUGAAGUUCUUGCAUUGAUCAAGCACCUUUCAUUCGGACUAAGAAAUGGUGUGAAAUUUGAGAAGACCAUAUCUGAUGCCUUUAUUAAAGGCAUGGCCGACAAACGGAUCCCAAUACGUAGACUCUGGGCCAUCCAGGCAGCCGAGAUUUGGUGGACACUAUCAUCCGAGCAGCAUGGUCAAGAAGAUAUCCAGUAUUUCUGCCAGGCUACUCUCCCUAAAUUGGUAGAGAUCUGGCAGGACGUUAUUGCUAACCCAGUCCCUGCUACUCAGAGCGGCAUGGUGACAGUAGGCUACUUUGUCACCGCGAUUCUUCUAGAUAAAGUCCGUACUUUGGACGACCCUAAACUUGCUGCCAUUUUCAAGAAGACCGACGUUGUCUCACAAUCCAUUGCGACAUCUCCAAAACCUUCAUUCCUUCUGAAUACAAGGGUAUACAGCAAAGUAUCUACAGUAGAAGACAUUGAGAUUGCUCUCAGGGCAUUGGCCUCAGUAGCUCCAUGGCUUUGGAAAGACGACGCUCCGGAGGCAGCUCAAACAGCAUGGACCCAAUCAUUCAUAUACUUCAUUGUUGCGCAUACUAGUCCCUCGCGCGCGAAAUUGGCUGCCAGACGAGCACUGUCAGAUGUGUACCUUCAGAACCCACCAGCAGUCUCCAGAGCUAUAUCUCUCGGGAUUUGGGCUUGGUACAAGUCUAAUGAGCAAGGUGACAAAGACAGCGCAGCUGUCGCUUCCAAGUCAGGCGUCAAUGAGCUCUCUGCAGUUCUGAACUCAAUUUGUCUACCCGAAGAUGCGUUGCGAACCUCCGCGCCUUCUAUACCACUCCCCACACUACAGAAGCAGUGCAUCGAGCUUCUUCCGUUAGCUCGUCCGCAAAUUGUCCCCCGAUCAUCCUGGAUCGAUCUUUGCUUAAGAAUGGGUGUGGACCCUGGUCAGCUUGCCCGUGAGCAUCUUGAGGAGUGCAUGCAGCUGCUGCUAGAUGCAACGAUUGACAAGAGCAAUAGAGACUUCCCUGCCAUAGGACAAGCCGCAUACGGUGCUUAUGUUGACCUUGCCUUCGUGGCGCCGGAGAUUGCUCUCCCUGCUGUUGUAAAGCGAUUCCAAGAGGAUCUCAAUCCAAAGCAACUUGAGUCUAUUGGCCCCACUGAGGCCGCUAUUUUCCGCACCCCAGAAGGAACAGCUUUCAUUGACGUUCUCUCCAAGAAAGCGCCUGCGAGUUUAGACAAGAAUACCAAAGACUAUGAUACUCUCAAGUGGGAGGAAGACCUGAGGGCACAAUUGGCGCAGAAGAAGGGACAAACGAAGAAGCUCUCUUCGGAAGAGCAAGGAAAGGUCAACGCUCAAUUAGCCAAAGAAGCAGCUAUCCGACAAGAAGUGGCUAAUGUUGAGCUUAACAUGCGCCGUGGUGUGGGGAUCAUCGAGAGCCUUGCGACAGGAGCCCCAACGGAAGCAGAGCAAUGGAUGGGACCAGCUGUGGAUCUUCUGAUCCAGGUUAUCCGUGCCGGAGCUGGUCUGCUUUUGGGUGAUGCACCAGCAACGACCUUCAUCAAGUGUUCGCAGCGUAUAUCCGCUCGUUUGGGCGUAUUCAAACCAUUCAUUGGAGUUGCUACUUUGAGGACCAUUGGAACUCUACACCUUUCCGAGGAGUAUGAGCAAGAGGAUCUAGGAGAUCUUGUGACCAGAGUCUUAUAUAGGUUGCGAUUCAUGAGCGAACAGAGGCCCCUGGAUACUGUUUCGCUCGCAUACUGCUUGCCACUGAUCUUCUUGACCCUAGAGAAGGGCGGCAUUGGUCGUUCUUCUCCCGAAGAAGCAGAUGAGCAGCUCAUCCUCGUGUUCGAGUUCUUGUCCUUCCAUUCAAACUCAUGCUCUGACGGUCGCUUACCUCGAGUGACACUCAUAGAAAGUCUCGUCUCUUCAAUGCAACGAUUUAACCAGCAUUACAAAGCCACAAAAGAUUGUCUACUAGAUCUAUCUCGCGGGCUCGCACCUAAUAUCACUGUCGAAGAGCUCAAUGCUUUGCUCCGUGGUACUAUCGUUCCGGAAGUAGCGGUUCGAACUGCAACUCUACAAGCGAUUGAUUCUGAACUUGAAUUGGAAGAUUUCGAUUUCAGUGAAGAGAUCUGGUUGGCAUGCCACGACGAUGUACCAGAAAAUGUAGAAUUGGCUCAAACGAUCUGGGAGGACAACCAAUUGAAGCUCACGCCCGAUGUGGCGCCACGCUUAACCCCGUACCUCGAUUCACUCGAUCAGCAACUCCGAAGAGCCGCAGCUCGCUCCCUUGGUGAGAUAGUACGCAUCUUCCCAGAAAUUUUCAACCAGAUCUUGAAAGAUCUGCAAGAGGCGUAUGUCGAGAAGGCAAAGCCAAGAGUCCCCGAGCGCGACGAGUACGGUAUGCCACGGAAGGUUGAUCUUCGUGAUCCAUGGGAGGCAAGAGAUGGAAUUGCGCUAGCCUUCAAAGAGUUGACACCAGUCUUCAAAGAUGAAGAUCUUGUCGAAUUCUUCAAGUUCAUGGUGUACCAGGGGCCUUUGGGUGAUCGUAACGCUACGGUUCGGGAAGCGUUGGUAGAUGCUACUACUACCAUCAUCACGACCAAGGCGCAAUCAAAGGUCGAGGCGUUGAUGGAGUUGUUUGAGAACGCACUAGAAGGCCCUGAUCGGAAAUCUGAGAUGUAUGAUCAAGUCAAUGAGGCUGUCAUUAUUCUCUACGGUGCCCUCGGACGACAUCUUAAGUCUGGCGAUAAACGCGUCCCGAAGGUUGUGCAGCGACUCCUGGCUACUCUCAGCACUCCUUCUGAAACCGUGCAAUAUGCCGUUGCACAAUGCUUGCCACCACUCGUCCGAACCUCCGAACAAGAGCUCGAGACCUAUGUUGAGCAAAUGACCGAACAACUACUGAAUUCAAAGAAGUACCCAGCCCGCCGAGGAGCUGCAUAUGGUCUGGCCGGUAUCGUCCGAGGCAAGGGACUGAGCCUUCUUCGCGAAUACCGUUUGAUGUCGAAGCUUCAAGGCGCAGCAGAGAACAAAAAGGAUGCAGGUCAAAGACAGGGAGCGUUCCUGGCAUAUGAACUUUUCUCCCUGAUUCUAGGACGCAUAUUCGAGCCGUAUGUGAUUCAGGUCGUCCCGCAGUUGCUUGCUGGGUUUGGUGACACGAGUGUCGACGUUCGCGAGGCCUGUUUAGAUGCAGCAAAGACCUGCUUCUCUACACUGAGCUCUUAUGGUGUUAAGCAGGUUCUGCCUAUCCUCCUUGACGGUUUAGACGACCACCAAUGGCGCAGUAAGAAGGGAGCCUGUGACUCCCUUGGUGCUAUGGCCUACUUGGAUCCUAACCAGCUAGCAUUGAGUUUGCCAGACAUCAUUCCGCCGUUGACCACUGUGCUUACCGACAGUCACAAGGAAGUUCGCGCCUCAGCGAAUCGCAGUCUGCAGCGCUUCGGCGAAGUCAUCAGCAACCCCGAGAUUAAGAGUGUGGUCAACCUCCUCCUCAAAGCUCUCAGCGAUCCUACCAAACACACCGAUGAUGCUCUUGAUGCGCUCAUCAAGAUUCAAUUCGCCCAUUACCUCGAUGCGCCGUCACUUGCGUUGGUCGUCCGCAUCCUCGAGCGAGGAUUGGGUGACAGAUCGGCCACCAAAAAGAAAGCCGCUCAGAUCAUUGGAAGCUUGGCUCAUCUUACUGAGCGCAAAGAUCUCAUUUCUCAUCUUCCUAUUCUCGUGGCAGGCCUCAGAGGCGCAAUUGUUGAUCCCGUCCCUACAACCCGAGCCACUGCUUCGAAAGCAUUGGGUUCAUUGGUCGAGAAAUUGGGAGAGGAUGCCUUACCAGACCUCAUUCCCAGCCUUAUGGCUACGCUCAAGUCGGACACCGGAGCUGGAGAUCGCUUGGGUUCCGCUCAAGCCUUGUCCGAAGUUCUCGCUGGUCUUGGAACAGGUCGCUUGGAAGAGACACUCCCGUCAAUUCUGCAAAAUGUCGCCAGCAACAAGCCAUCGGUGCGGGAGGGUUUCAUGUCACUCUUCAUUUUCUUGCCCGCUUGCUUUGGCAACAGCUUCGCAAACUAUCUCAGCAAGAUCAUUCCUUCCAUCCUUGGUGGACUUGCAGAUGAUGUUGAGUCGAUCCGAGAAACUGCCUUGCGUGCUGGUCGCUUGUUGGUCAAGAACUUUGCCAGCAAAGCCAUUGACCUACUCCUUCCCGAAUUGGAGAGAGGUCUUUCAGACGACAGCCACCGCAUCCGUCUCAGUUCCGUCGAGCUCGUCGGAGAUCUUCUUUUCAAUCUUACUGGUAUCAGCGGCAAGGCCGAACAGGAAGAAGUCGAAGAGGGUGCAAAGGAGGCUGGUCAGUCUCUCCUCGAAGUCCUCGGAGAAGAGAAGCGCAACAGGGUCUUGUCUGCCUUGUACAUCUGCCGUUGCGAUACCUCGGGACUUGUACGACAGGCCGCGAUCAACGUUUGGAAGGCAUUGGUGGCAACACCACGGACUCUCAGGGAACUCAUCCCUACCCUCACACAAUUCCUCAUUCGCAGGCUCGCCAGUUCCAACAUGGAGCAGAAGGUCAUCGCAGGAAACGCUCUCGGAGAACUUAUUCGAAAGGCUGGCGAGGGUGUCUUGGCUACCUUGCUUCCUACGUUGGAAGAAGGAUUGCACACUACUGAUACAGAUGCUAAGCAAGGUAUCUGUAUCGCUCUGCGAGAACUUAUCGCAUCUGCUUCGCCAGAAGUGCUCGAGGACUACGAGAAGACUCUCAUCCAGGUUGUGCGAACCGCACUUGUCGAUCCAAACACUGAAGUGCGAGAAGCCGCCGCUGAAGCAUUCGAUGCUCUGCAACAAAUCCUCGGCAAGAGAGCCGUUGACCAAGUGCUUCCGUAUCUCCUCAACCUUCUUCGAGAUGAGGAUGAGGCUGAGAAUGCUCUCUCCGCCCUCCUUACUCUACUCACAGACAAUGCAAGGUCUAAUAUCAUUCUUCCUAACCUCCUCCCCACACUCCUCAAAUCGCCCAUGUCUGCCUUCAAUGCCCGCGCCAUUGCUUCUUUGGCCGAGGUGGCUAGCUCCGCUAUGACGAGAAGACUCCCAACGAUCCUCAACACAAUGAUGGACAACAUCGUUACUUGUAAGGACCCUGACCUGAAGUCCGAGCUUGAGGCCGCAUUCGACACGGUCAUCCUCUCGGUUGACGAGUUUGAUGGUCUGAACACCUUGAUGAGCGUCAUGAAGGCCCUCAUCCAGCACGCCGAUGAGCGGCGACGAGCAACAGCGGACACUCAUUUGGCGAAGUGGUGUGCCGAAACCGAUGUCGACUAUUCAAGAUACUAUCCCGAUCUCAUCCGCGCCCUCCUUAUCGCUUUCGACGACGUCGACAAAGACGUUGUCAAGGCAGCUUGGAGUGCGCUCAGUGCGCUCACCAAACGUUUGCGGAAGGAGGAGAUGGAAUCGCUCGUCAUCUCCACGAGGCAGUCUCUCCUUCAAGUCGGUGUGGCAGGCUCAAACCUGGCUGGUUUCUCGUUACCGAAGGGUAUCAACGCUAUUCUCCCUAUCUUCUUGCAGGGUCUCAUGAACGGUACCGUGGACCAAAGGACGCAAGCUGCGUUGGCAAUCUCAGACAUUGUCGACCGUACGAGCGACAAGUCACUCCAACCCUUCGUGGUCCAGAUUACCGGUCCGCUCAUUCGUGUGGUAUCCGAGCGUUCAGUUGAUGUCAAGGCUGCCAUUCUUCUCACAUUGAACAAUCUCCUCCAGAAGAUUCCCACUUUCCUCAAGCCCUUCUUGCCGCAGCUCCAGCGAACCUUUGCAAAGUCGCUUGCCGACACCUCGUCAGACGUACUACGUGCUCGUGCUGCUAAGGCGCUUGGUACAUUGAUCUUGAUGACGCCCCGAGUCGACCCGCUCAUCUCUGAAUUGGUGGCGGGUGCGAAGACCAGCGAUCAGGCCGUCAAGACCGCUAUGUUCAAGGCCCUGUUCGAAGUCGUCAGCAAGGCUGGAAAGAACAUGAAUGAGGCUAGCAGGAACUCCAUCCUGGCGCUCAUCGAUACCGACACCGAAGAAGCCGAUGAUUCAAUCGCGAUCACCAACGCCCGCUUACUCGGAGCCCUCAUCGGCAACCUACCCUCCGACCUCUCGACCCCCCUAAUCAAAACCCGCAUCCUCACAACCCACUUCACCAAGUCCUCGAUCCUCGCCCUCAACGCCGUCCUCCUCGACGCCCCCUCCGCCCUCGCCGACUCCUUCGCCGACGAAACCAUCACCGUAAUCUGCGCCGGCAUCGCCCACACCGACCCCUUCAUUUCCGACAACUCGGUCCUCGCGGCAGGAAAAUACCUCCUCUCCCCCACGACCUCCAAAGCCUUCGAGCACACGAAACCCAUCUUCGAAUCCCUGGCCCCCGUCAUCGAGCCCGGCCACCCAGUCGACACGCGGCGCCUCGCGCUCGUCGUCCUCCGCACCGUGGCGCGCGCCCAAACGUCCUCGAUACGCCCGCACAUCCAGCUCCUCACCCCGCCCAUCUUCUCGUGCGUCCGCGACCCCGUCAUCCCCGUCAAGCUAAGCGCGGAAGCAGCGUUCCUCGCGCUCUUCAGCGUCGUCGAUGAGGAGGCUGCCGUCUUCGAUAAGUACAUGGCGGGACCCGGGAAGUCGCUCACGGCUGGCCAGCAGCGCAGCAUGGGGGAUUACUUCAAGAGGGUUAGUUUGAGGCUUGCGGGGCAGGCGAGGGAGAGGCGUGAAGCGGAGGGUGGUCAGGGUGGGUUGGGGCUCAGUAGCGAUGAGGUGGAGGAUGAGAGGGAGGUUUGGAGUGUUGGUGUCGUUGAGCUGGGGGAUGUUUUCGCGGGUGCUGAGUGAUAGGAUAGGAUGUGUUUGUUUGUUUGUAGGACGGAACGGGGGGGAAAUGGGAACGGAAAAAUGUGUAUGUUUCGUUAUGACAUGCUUUGCUUAUAUAUAUAGAUAUAGUAUACCGACGACGAAAAAGAAAAGAAAUGAAAAGAACGAUAUUUCCC